AUGGAAGUAAGAAAUCAAACAUCUGUUACAGAAUUUCUGCUUUCGGGUUUAGUUGAUGACCCCAGCCUAAAUUAUCUCUUUUUCCUGAUCUUCUUAUUAAUGUACCUAAUUACAUUACUGGGUAAUAUUUCUAUGAUUACUUUAAUUUGCUGCUCCUCUAAACUUCGGAACCCUAUGUAUUUUUUUCUGUGCCAUCUUUCUUUCUCAGAUGUCUGCUAUUCUUCUGUCAUUACUCCUAAGAUUCUUAGCAACAUGGUCUCCAAGCGAAUGGUUAUAUCCUUUCAAGGCUGCGCUGCUCAGCUCUUCUUUUUUGCCCUCUUUGUAGGUGCUGAAUGUUUUCUUGUAACUGUAAUGGCAUAUGAUCGUUAUGUAGCAAUUUGUUAUCCUUUACUUUAUGUCAUGAUUAUGAGCAGAGAUCUACAGCUGAAACUGGUUGGAAUGGCAUAUUCUGGUGGACUUAUAACAUCAAUAAUACACACAAGCUGUACUUUUAGGUUGUCAUUUUGUAAUUCCAACAAGGUCAACCAUUUAUAUUGUGACAUCCCCCCACUGCUGAAGCUUUCCUGCACAAAUACUUCUAUGAGUGAACUCUUUAUGUUUCUUUUAUCCAGUAUUUUAGGAACAUUCUCUCUUCUCAUCAUCUUGAUUUCCUAUGGCAACAUAAUUUCUUCUAUCCUGAAGAUAAAGUCAUCAGAUGGAAGACUCAAAGCAUUUUCAACGUGCUCCUCUCAUCUGCUGGUAGUCAUUUUAUUCUUUGGAACAGCUAUAUUUGUUUAUAUAAGACCUAUUUCAAGUCACUCAAUCCAGACGGAUAAAGUGAUAUCAUUGUUUUACACUGUAGUUAUUCCUUUACUGAAUCCAAUUAUUUAUAGUCUUAGAAAUAUACAAGUCAGAUCUGCUUUCAUGAAUAUCAUGUCUAAAGCUUUUUACUCAUAA